AUUUUCUGCUUUCACCCUUCCCAGACGCCAUCGCGCCGUCCUUGGAAGUAGAAGUACCGCGGGUCCUCCCCUAUCGACCCUCGAGUCCUUUUCUUCAUUCAUCUUUAAUUGACAGCGCAUCACCCUCGUGGCUCGUUGCAGGUUCACCAGGACACUCGUCGCGCCUUGUUUGCCCCCUACGAUACAUCUCCCCUUCAUCCCUAUCGACUGCCCAUCAUGUGGGGAAUUUCAUAUUGGAUCGUGCCGAUAUUCAGCGCGUUCGUCUGGUUAGCCAUGUUAUUAGCAAUGCUGAUAACUUGGAUAACGGAAGGCUCGCCGCGCUAUGCCUCAAUGGAAGCAGGCCAACACAUCGCUUAUAUUUCCGAUGUCGGGGCGCAAGGACUGAAACCUCUCUUCAUCGCAAUGUCUACCGUCACGGUCGUCACGCUUGAUCUCACCUUUAUCCUCGAGAGAUGGCUGCGGCACACUGGUCGCUUGACCCACAACACUUCGUUGUUCCAAAAAAUACUAUCUAUCCUCUCGAUCAUUGCAGCGAUCGUUGGCGCCGUGGGUCUGAUCCUACUCUCCAUCUUUGAUACCCUGCGACACCCUCAUCUCCACGAUGCCUUCCUAUGCUUGUUCAUAGGUGGAUACAUCGUCUCCGCGAUCUUCAUUUGCGCCGAGUAUCAGCGGCUAGGAAUCCAUUUCCGCGAGCACAGGGUCCUGCGCAUUUCGUUUUGGCUGAAGCUGGCAUUCAUCCUCAUCGAGAUUGCUUUGGCAGUUGCCUUCGGUGUCACUUCCAAAAAUGGCCACCGCAACGUGGCCGCCGUAUUGGAGUGGAUCAUUGCGCUCAUCUACUUCUUCUUUGUGCUGAGCUUCUUCAUCGACUUUAUGCCAGCCGUCCGAACCAAGCAUCACCAAAGCCACGAGACCGAGAUGGACGUCGCAUUGGAGCAAGGGGAUUCUGCCACUGGAAGGUUAUAUCAGAACGGCGCCGGCGAUGGAGGCAUGAAUGGCUAUACCAAUGGUGCCAAUGGCUAUACCAACGGGGCCAACGGCUAUGCACCAGGUACCACCAAGCCUGUAGAGCCCGCUGUCCCGUCCCGGAAUUUCUAGAUUACUGCCUCUCUUUUCCUUUGUAUAAAACCUGUAGUAUGCGCUGUCGAUUGGCGUGCUCAUUUCUGGUGUUCCGGCGGCAUUGAGGCAUUCCACGAUAUCUUGCAUUUGCGCGACGGAGGUUCAACAGUUGGACGGCAUGGUCUGUAGAUACGUAAAACGAACACUGCCUCGCUAGAUAAGUGGGGCUUCAAUACAACAUAAUUAAUGAU